ACAUGCGCUCACUUCCUUUUCCCUGGAGCAAAGAUGGCGGAAUACGAUCUCACCACCAAAAUUGCCCAUUUUUUGGACCGUCAUCUCGUUUUUCCUCUCCUGGAGUUCCUGUCUGUCAAAGAGGUACGAUCUUAAAUCGAUGAUAAACGAUUAAGUUUAUGUUAUACUGAUUCUAAAAGCCUUAUAUGAUCUUUAAACUGGUGUAAAGGCAACAUACGCCGGGGAGUUUGCCACAUUUGCUAAUGCUAGGUCAAGUUUCGACUCGUAACCGUGGUGCAGACGGAAGUGCAGCCUUUUCCUUUCACAAUAAAAGCGGAGGUUUUGUGGUGGCAUGGAAACUGUCUCAUUGAACCUAACUACGAAAAAUACAUUUGUGGUAUUUGCUGUGUGUCAGGAACAAACAGUUAAAAAUCGGCUCAAAACAGGGAGAUUUCACGUUAAACAUCAGUUAUCAUGGUAGCAUAACUCAGAGUUCAUUUGUUGUGUGAAUAUGAAGAGUAUUUCGGAAGUCCUUGAUGUAACAGUUGUAAACUUUACUAAAUUAAAACCACGCGGUUUUACAGAUAGCUCUCAUCUAUUCAGGGUGUGCAUCUUUUUACUUUCAGUAAAUAGAUCUGAUCAUCAUGGCACAACACGGACUGAAAUAAACCUUCGUUUAUAACGCCCCAAGCUCAAUUGUAACAGUGAUGCCCAAGCCGCAAAGCCUCGGGUUUUCUUUAUGUGCUCCCGUCUUAGUCAGGAAAGAGGGAGCUUGGUCUUGGUCUAUCAAUUGAGACAAAGAGUUAACCUAUUUCCCCAAUGCCCAACAGUCCUGUUGGGAAAUACAUGUUUCGGGUGUCCAAAAGUCGGGAAAUCACGAAAUUAUUUAACAGUGGACACCCACCAAGUUCCCUGAAAGAUGUGGGUUGGAGGGGGAGCAAGAAACAAUCGGUUUAACUCAAUUUCCAGCAAAUGAUAUGGGCCCUGUAAUUAUUGUGAUAAUAUAUUGGAAACUCAGUCUAUCAGUCAUCAUGAAUUUUUCCGUUCCACCCUUACGGGAAUAAUAUGCACCAAUAUUGUACAAGAACAUUCCCUCCAGAUCUAUUUCCCAUAAUUUUCUGUGUUUCUUAGAUCUACAAUGAGCAAGAGCUGCUUAAUGGAAAACUGGAUCUCCUUAGUGACACAAACAUGGUGGACUUCGCCAUGGAUGUGCACAGAAGCCUUUUUCCUGAGAAAGAAAUCCCUCAUAGUAAGUUGCACACACUUGAUGGAUGUGCACCAUUCACUCUGUUCAGAAUGGAUCCAGCAGUUUACCCUGUUUUACUAUGUUUUAGUACAGGAUGCAGAUAACAUGCAUUUGAAGUUUGGCUCUGACUGUUGCUAAUGACUUUUUGACCUUCUGUGUGUGUCAGCUCUGAGGGAGAAGAGGACAGAGGUUGUGGCUCAGCUGAAACAGCUGCAGUCAGAAACUGAGCCCAUUGUGAAAAUGUUUGAGGACCCAGAGACAACAAGGCAGAUGCAGUCCACCAGGUAAAGUCUUUGUAGAUUUCAGCGGUGGUGAUUGUCCGUUUUAAUGACUUAGCUUCUCAAGUCAUAUUAGGUCAUAAGUGAUUGGGCUAACAGUGGUUAAAAAACAAAACAAAAACCUAUGUCUGGUUUAACUUGCAGAGAUUCUGGGUUUUUAAGACAUGUAACUUGAAACAACAGUCAUGGUAUCAUUGAAACCAAAGGUUUUGAAAUGACCACUAUACUGCCUUUUCAUUGAAAAUGGCAUUUUUUUAGGGUUUUUGCUCAGAAAAGUCAGUCAAGUACACAACAACACAAGAAAGUAGACAUAACUUUUGUUAUUAAUCAAAAAGGAGUAAAAGUCUACAGUUUGUGUGAAUAUCCAACUUACAAAGUACUCCACAAAGAACUACAUAUUUUCAGCAUAAUAUAAAGGCUAUUCCAUAGUUUGACCCUUCAUACAGCAACAAACUUUAGUUUUUAUUUUUAUCGUUAAUUCUGAGGCUUUAACAUGGGAUCUAUAUUUUCUAUCUCUAGACUUUAACCCAGUAUGCCGUUUAAGGCAUAAGUAGGGAACAGCGCUGUAUAUGCUAUCAUAUCAUUUAAUAGAUCAUUUAUUUGUGAAGGAUACCAAAUCGUUCAGACUGUUUUGUUGGCAGUGUUUAAAGUACUUGAAACCAACUUGUAACAGUCCUGUCUUUGUGUCUACAGGAGAAUUAUGACAGAUAAAUAAAAUAUUUUUCACUGUCAGCUUUUUUUCUAUGCACACCAUGAUGUUUACAGAAGACAGACUUUUGUAGGAACUGUUAUGUGAGAUCUCGAUCCUUUUAUUUAGAGCAUGUUAAGUUUUGCCUUGUUAGUUUGCUGUCAGUGAACUGUAAGGAACAAUUUUUCUCUUUCAUUCAAUUAGCUGUGUCUGUCUUAAGUUAUAUGCUGUUGUUUCUUCAUACCAUUCAAUUAGUUUAACAAUAGGACACUCAUCUGUGAUGGAUAAAGAUUUGCUGUAAGGCCAAAGAACAUGCAGCAGAUUUAUUCCCUGUUGUGGUUGAAAUAUUACAUGAUACAGUUUCUUGUUUUCAAUAUUGUUUUGAUUGGAGGAUCUUCCAAUGGUUGAAAUGGGUUGACAUUCAAACCCCUUAAAAUUGGGGUUAAUACACAAGUCGCUUCCAGGCCUAUCUGUACUGACAGGACUUUUUGUAGCCAGAAACGAAGCCCAGCCAUCAUAGUUAAUCAUGUUAUUACUGUUUUAUAAACAACCUGUCAUUAGCAGACGUAUUUGGAUUAUGACUAUUGUCUGGUUGAUCUACGGGUUAUGUUCCUGUUUCUUAAAUCUCAAAUGAGGCGUUAAAACCACUUUUGAGGUUUCAAGUCAACAUGCUGCUGAUGGCCUCUUGACUUUUUCGGUGCAGAAGGAAGCAGUAAUGCUGUGCAGACUUCAUCAUGAAUGGUGUCCAUCUAUUAGACGUCUAAGUCAGCAGCUGCCUCUCAUCUAGUUCGCAUAAUAUUUUGUUAAACAGAAUACACCCUCAUACAUUAUAAGUAUAAUAUUUAGCAUAUUUUGUGUCGGUGAAUAUUGAUAUAUUUGCAGCACAGUUUGACAUAUGGUUUGAAAGUAAAAGCGCAUUUUUGCACUGACAUGUAUGGUCAGCGGCUCAGAUUUACUAUCAGGUCCAGUAAUGAACAGCAGGCUGACAUUCCUCACUACAGAGAACUCACCCAGGGACUUAUCUAGACCAUCAGCAAAGACAACCUUUCUGAAGCAGUAAAGAGCCCUGCUCUAGCUUAAAAAAACCUUCACUUACAUAAAGCAUGUGACAACAAAUACAUACAUGCAUGCCUAUUUAUUCAUACUUUAAAUGCAGGAAAAACAAUUUUAGUUCACUGGCUUGAGAGUGAAAUAGAGUUUGGGUUUGAAGAUUGUGAGGAGACAGAGAAUUCCUUUGCUUUGACAGGCCUAUGAAGACUCACAGGCUUAUCUCCUUACUAGCGUAUAUUUGAAGUAGCCAAACCAAAUGUAAUGAACAGGCGAUCACACUGUUUUAAAAGUCAAACGGUUUCCAUUUAUGUGCAGCUCUUGAGUUAGACCAGAAGUGGAAAAUAUACCUGAAUAGGACUCGUAACACCAGGAUGGCAGCCAAACAGCGACUCAAGUGAAAUGGCCUCUAACUAAAGGAACUGUCUGCUUUUCUCUUUUUUUGCAGAGAUGGACGAAUGCUCUUUGAGUAUUUGGCAGAAAAACAUAACGUAAGUUGGCCUCAUUUGCUGACAUCUCACUUCUUCAUUGCAUUUCCCAUGGCUCUUGUGUGAACCCAUGGUUGUUUUAGGGGUGAAGUGGGAGGGGAAGGCCAAGGAGGGAAACGCAGAAUUACUUCCCAAAACUCUUAACUCAUUUUCGGGGUUUGUAUGGCUUGCACAAAUUCUGUGGACAUUUACAUUCUGUGGUGAAUUGUUAAGAAUAAACGGAGUAGCUCGGGACUCGUGGAUAGAGCCGCAAGAAUGCCGGAGGUUCUAUAUUUACCAUGAUGUUUGGCUUCCUACUCUCCCCUACAUUGGUCCCCUCCCACUCCGGUAUCCCGCUGACCUGCAUGCUGUCCUCAGUGCACCUCCUCAGAGCCUGAGCUCGGGGCCUCGCAGCAGGCUGUGGGAAAGGCUUGGGCGGCCCAGAGCACCCACAUGCCUGUAACAAUUCUGCUGAACACUGACGUCAGUUCACACUGCUGUGAGAUGCUAAACAGCAGGAAGGACAGAUAUAUAUGGGAAGCUUGAAGGCUGAAAAUGAUAGCCCUAUAUAUACAUAUGCAAUUCAAAUUUAGUUCACAUAACCACUUCCUGGUUGAUUUGUAAGAAAAGUUAAAUAUUUUCCAGCCUUUCUUUGCAAAAAUGUCACUGCAGAUGCUGCAGCAGGGUUUGCUUUAUAGUCAUACAACCAGAGCUUGAAGAAUACAUUACCACUAAUAAUACAACGCUCACAUUAGUAACACAGGGAUGUAAGAAUGGCAAAAAGUCAAACUGUAAACCCUUCAACAUAAACAGAAAUAAGCAUAAGUCUGAUUUCUUCAGUUGAUUCAACUGUUUAAAAUAAGAAAGAAAAAAACGAUACAGCAUAGUAUCGCAAUAGCUUGUCUGGUGAUAUAUCUUAUCGUCUCAUUGAUCAAGUAUCAAUUUUUUUCAAAUUAAUUGCUCAUAUGAAGUCAAAUCUAUCAUAAUGGAAAAGUUAAAUCAUUUGUUUGUCUAGUGAGGUUGGCAGAGGUGACAUCAUAGAGCAGGAGAAAGUUAGUGCAACAAAUAUAGAUAAGGUCUGUAAGAUGUGCUACAUGAAAAUAAAAUACUGUGUAAAUAAGACAAACAUAGAGGAAAGCCAAAUGCUAAAUUAGCUAAACGGUUGAAAAAAUGGUGUAAAUCGCAAUAUUUUAUUUAGUAAUAGUCACUGUAUUGCAAAAUGUGAAAAAUCACUGUAAUAUCGUAUCGUGGCCCAAGUAUCGUGAUAAUAUCGUAUCAUAUCGUAUCGUGGGGCCUCGAGUGAUCCCCACCCCUAGAACACAAGCAUAUUGUUUCAUUUCAACGUUUGUUUUACUCAGUCUGACAAUGAUUCACAUCCUUUUUUUUUUUCCUCUUGAAGUUUCGUCAGGAGUACUUGGACACGCUGUACAGAUACGCCAAGUUCCAGUACGAGUGUGGAAACUACUCCGGAGCUGCAGAGUACCUCUACUUCUUCCGUGUAUUGGUAAGUUGACCACCCCUGUCAUUGACAUUCAGCACCUGCUAACAGUAACGGCCGUGUUUACUGAUAACUCUACUCCUUCCCUCACUUAACAGAGUGUCUGCAGUAUUUUACUCUCCUCAUUUAUAAACUGGCUUAAGGCUUUUCUCUGACAUAUUGAAAUUAAACAUCACAUUAUGUUGGGCAGAUUGCUUUAAUUCCUCAAAAGGCCAGUGUUGCAUAGGAGAGGAAAAGAACACUUAGAAGUAAUUGAAUGUGAAGAGCUUACGUCAUUGCCUCCUCAAUUCCUUGCACGUCUUUUGUAUUAAGAGGAGACUGCUGCUCUAAGACUUGAGUAGGAUCUUUUACUGGGCCAAGUGAUCAGUGGCGGACUGCAUAAUCUGUCUGUAGUCUCUUCACGGGGCGGGCCUCAGUAGACAGCUUAUUGAUUUGAGUGCUUCGGCCAGAGAGCUCCUCGUCACGACUUCUGUGCUUAUGGCGUGCUUAAGUUAUGCGUUUGCAUCGGGAGGGUUACGCACAUUUUGCAAGGUGAUUAAAGGAGGAUAUGCACAUCGAUUAUUUUGGGGGCUGUCUUUAUGAGUCUGCCCCUUCUCUCCCGAAUUUAAAAUGAUGAGCUCGAGGAAGAAGACAAACCUCUACAGUAAAACGGUUUGAUUAAAUCAUCGGGGAGACAAUCACUUCUUAAAACCGAAUCAUGCCAACAAAUGCUUUACAGAAAAAAGAUAAUUACAGCUCAGGGAGAGUCCUGGAAGUGUUAUUGUUAGUUCUUAUGCACACUCCCUGUUUCCUCUAUAAACACAGAAACUUGUUGCCUUGGUUCUGGCACUUGUGGCUUGUCUCCAUUUUGCCCUCAGAAAAAAAAAGUGAAAGAUGAACAAGUCAGUAAAUGGGCAACGUGCUGCUGGGCUGAAAGGACUGUGGACUGCUAAGACUAAACACCAAGACUGAGUCACGUAGCAUUUGGUCCCUCCAUGUAAUUUGAUGUACCUUCAGUACUGAUCCACUCUCUGAUUACUGGAGUUAUAAACUAGUUCAGGUAGUGGCAACUUUGAAGAGGUGAUUUUUUUCCAGGGCAGUGGGGGCUUCUGGAUACCAGUGCAAGUUGAGGUUUUGAGUCCUUCAUAAAAGUAAGAUGAUGUUUUGUUGACUUGAACCUGUGGCUUAUUUCCAGUCACUUCGUAUUACCGUGUUCUCCUGUGGUUCACCACAUGACACAAUGAGGACUCAGUUAGCCUCUGAGUCAUUACCAAUCACCAGUCCCGCAAUAACUUUAGAGCCUGGGUCUAAUGACUUAUCAUCCAUGCAUGGUUAAGUCGAGCUACAGUCAGAGCUCAAUGAGAGAUGAUUAAACUGGACUACUGUUCUUGUCCCAGUUUACAAGCAACAAAUUAUUGACGAAGAAUGUCUGCCUUCACCGCAGCAGGUGGCGACAUGCCUCCUUUCUAGGGAAUGGGCGAGAUGGGCUAAAAAAUGUAUCCGAUAAGAUUUUCCAUUCUGGUGAUGACGAGGAAAGUCCGGAUAAAAAAGUAUUGUAAUUCCAGUCUAUAUUUUUGACUCCUUUUGUCUUGAGAACACCAGUUGGGGAAAGUCAAAUAAGAUACUUAACCACAAGUUUGAGUGGUAGGUUACUGAGAAAACUAACAACAUCAAACAAGUCUCCAAUGUGAAAACAUUUUCAACAUUUGUUUCAAAACUCUUAUUGCACGGAGUGAACAGAAGCAUAUCUACUGUCCGAUGUCAGGCAUACCUGAUUGCACUUAUCUAAACCCCAAUCUUAAAGGAAAUCCCACAUGUGGAUCCUCAUUCAGUAACAAGCUGCUCAGAAAUGUCUUCAUUCGUUUGUUUGUUAUUCUGCUCUGUGUGGGCUAUGGCUGCGAGUCCGUCGCUCGCGCUUGUGUCAUCAACUUGCAUUUAUUGUAUUUAUCAUGAGAUGGCAAAUAUUUAUCAAGGAGGAUUUUUCUGACGAUAUAUCGUGAGUGAUAAUUUAUUGCCCAUCAUUACGCUUAGGCCAGUUUCACUUUGAUUUAGCCAUGUAUGUCCACCCCCAACCAUAUGAUGUAGGUUAUGUUAUGCAAUAAAUCCCAUUUUUUAACAGCAUGUAAAUGUAGUGACUUUUUAACUUGAUGGACUGAGGUUGAAGACACUGUGGAGAGAAACUGGUCACAAAUCAAGGAGGAGGCUUUGUAUUUCUUAUGAAGCACACUGAUGUCGCACGGAUCAAAAAACUGUCAGUUGAUUAUAUAACAUCUGUAAACAAAGGUUGCCAUUUCUUGGCUUCUUGCAGCUCAGGAUAGCAGACUAGACUGGCCUAGACUUUCUUUUUUUGUGUUGCCGUUGUUCACAGUUUGUACAACCACUUCAGGAAAGUUGAUAGAAUAGUAAUGAAAGAGGACAUUACGAGCCGCAGAUGUGCUCUCAAAGAUAUUUACAAAAGCAAAGUACCUCGUAAAUGACUGCUGAUGGUUCCAGUAUUGGGCUGUUGCACAGUCUGAUCCACACAUACGGAUAAGAUAUUCUUAGUAUCUGUAAAACAGAUAAAACAGCACUGCCAGGAAGACAUUCCUUUAAGUAAGGCAUAUAUUUGUAAAGAGGAAGCUAGUUUUCAUCUCAAGAAAUGAUUAUGAAGGAUUAGAAGUUGCCUAUCUGUAAAUCCACAGAGGUUGUUGUAUCAGCACAUUUUGUUGUCGUCCAUUUAUUGUUAUCGAAGUGAACUGCUUAAUACAUUGUGAUAUUGAUUUGAGCCCAUAUCGCUCAGCUCUAUAUGACACAGCUUCAUUAUUACAUCUUUCAUGUAAGUACUCAGUUUUGUGAAGCAGUCUUCACGCUAAAAGCAUUUGAGCCUACAGCUAUGUGUCAGAUUACACACAUGAGAUGCACUGCAAAGAUGGUAAAGGCAAAUCAGAAAAAAUGACACAUUUACUCUCAAACACUUACUAACUCUCACUUGUUUAUCGUUUUAAACCAAGUCAAGUUUGCAUAAUUUGUACUUUGGUCAAGAUCUGGUUGAAAAUGCUCAUUUUGGUCAGACAUGAAUCAUGCAGAAUAAAACAACGAUCUUAGUCAGUGGAGAGGAGUUUGAGCUACUCCAGCAGAUUCAGCCUCAGCAGGCACCUUUCACUGUGGUUCAGUAGAAGUUUGAUUUCAGGGUUGACUAUUUGAUGGUUUCUUUAUGUUCUUUUUAGUUAGUUAAACUAUUUUCUAUCUCUUUUGGUCAUUAUUAUUUGAGCGUGUGAGUGACGUGGCUUUAAAUCUUAACUUGAAAGUGAAAUUCAUUCAGGAAGUAUCAGCCUUUUACUCUUUAAAUGGACAGUUAGUGAGCGCUACCUUAUAAACAAAGAAUAGCAAUGAAUAGAUUGAAACAUUAAAAAGUACAUUUUUAUGCUUAUAGCUACUCUGUGUUGACUUAAGCUGUAUCCACAUGUUCCAGAUGGGCUGCUUUAAUGCGCAGAAACAGCCGAAAGUUUAUUCCAAGUUUACCCCAAAAAUUUCUUGCCUGUCACCACAAUGUGAGAAUGCAGCAGGAAAUAUUUGCAAGUGGGCGGUGGCGAGGACGAUUAUAUCACACAAUCUGUGGGAGCCGCGAAGAGCAAUGUGUAUCAGAAUGAAGGGCGACAUUUGAGGUUGAAGGAGGAUCAUUUCCAAGACGAGAACAGCCAGGAACAGGGACCUCAAGCUGUGAAGGACAUGUGUGAACAAGAAACUUUAGAGAUUUCAGGGGCGAACUUUGAGGAAGUUACAAGCGUGCAUGUGAGGGAGAGUUGAAGAUUGUUUCUACUUUUUACAUGAAGAACAACACUGAUCUGUACUUGACUUCUUUGGCCUUAUCUUGCAUCCAAAAGUAGUAAGUUCGACUCGACUGACUGUCCCGUAAUGACCGUGGAACCGGGCGACAUAGUCUGCGGUUUCCAAGUGUCACUCGCUUGUUCUUUUAGUGUGUUUAGUCCUUUUGUGCGUCCGUGGUUCAGCAUUUAGCUCUGCGGUAAAGCGAGGACCGGUGCCAAAGCCAGCCUUGAGAGAAUGAGAACGACUAAAAUCCAGUUUUUUGUCUGUUCAUUAGAGUGAAAAACAUUAAGAGCAUCUUUUUGUUCCCAGCCUAAUUGGCAUUUGAUACUGCACUGCGUCGCCUCUUGUCUUUGGGAUGUCAGUGACUUCGACUCGUCAUGCACACUCACGAUGCCGGAGUGUCCCUUCCUGCAGAAUCUUGGCAGGGACUCUGAGCGGUGAUGAACUCUCUGUGCUGCAAACAACCCUCUUAACCCAAAGCAGUGUGGGUACUUCAUCUGAUGGCUUUUUUACUGAUCUGCUCAAAUCUGUGGAAGGAAGAGCUGCAUCCCAGACAAGAUGAGGGGUAAUUCGCCCAGGCUUCCCCCCCCCCCACCCUCUCUCCACACACACAUAAAAUCCACGUUCAGACAGUCUUCAAAAGGGUCCGAUGGAUAGAUCCCACUGCUGCUACAACAGUUGUUUAUGGCUUUGCAGCUCACUCUAAAUAAACCAAAAUUGCUCUAAUUGAGGUUUGUUGUUGGAAGCCCAGGACUGACUUUUUUUUUUUCUCUAUACCCCUCAAAUUGUAAGAGCUCUUAUUUUAAGUUCCAGCUACAUCAGACUGUAACCAGAUAUCUGCUGCUUACUUUGACAAUGCAAGAGGCUUUUAGGAAGGGGAAAAGGUAGAAAUGGAUUUCAUUAGUCCGUCGAGUCUGUGUACGGCUUCCUCCUUCAAUUCUUUUCAGUGUUUUGUGGACCUCCCAUCCUCACAGGCCCCUCUUCUGUGUCUCCCUCCCCCUGUACUGGAGAGGUGAGGCUCCAUAAAGUCAUUUAACGUGGGAAACCCAGUCAAUUAAACGAAGGAAGCCAGCCUUGCAAAAUCCGCGCCUCAGGUCUUGUUACAGCGUGGCCUUGUCCGAAAAGAGCAACUUAUUCAUAUCAUCACCUAAUGCAGGGAUUGAAUGUUAAGAAUAAAGAUUGAGUAUCCCGACGGAUCCCCAGCACAGUCAAUUUAUUGUUGCUGGUCAGUCAGCGAAAAUGUGCCCAUGUCACAAAACCAAUGGAAACUCAAGGUAACUGCUGGAAAAACCCAGGUAUUGAAACUUUUCUAGCGUGGCCACUAGUGAAAGCCAGACUGUGUGUAUGUUUGUGUGUGUGAGUGUGUGUGUGUAUGUGUGUAAAGCUGCCAUAAUGACCUGGAGGUCAGCCAAACGUAGCAGGCAGGGACUUCCAAGAGAGGGAAAAAAAUAACAAACAAAACAAAACACUCCAGCAGAUGAAAUGCUGACCUUUAUACUGGCAGGGGAGCGGAUUUUUUUUCUCUCUCUCUCAAUGUUAUGAGACUGAUCUGUCUUGGGACUUCUCAGCUGUUAAAAAAGUCAUUCAUGAUAGACCUGAGUUGCUCUCCUUGAUGAAAAAUGCCUCAUCAUAUUGUCGUAUUUCUCUGUUCUUUUUCGGGGAGAUUUCCAGAUAUUUUUCCACGACUCUCACUGUCGUCUCAUUUUGGGAAGAUUCUCAAAAUGUUAUCAGGGCUGAACUGGUCUUUGCCUUUAGACAGAAAACUUUAUUUGUGAAUAAUCCAGCCCAUUUGUGGAGUUCCAGCGGAAACCUGUCCUUUUUUUAGUGUUUCCUCUCCUUGCACGUCUGUCGUGUCUCACAGUCCACUUCAGCGGCUGUCCGACGGUGAACGGGGGCGUGUGGUUAGGAUCUAGGUUUCUCCGGCCACUCUGCAGACACCCACCCCGACUUCCUGCUUGACUCAUGUCACUGUGUCUGGUGUUUGGUGUUAUCGUGAACUACUGCGGCGCAGAGUUUCCCAUGAGCCUUAGGGUGUAGUCCAGUGUCCACUUCAGAGUGAUUGCCCUGCUGAGGUUCAGAGGCAUUCUCAACCUGUGUUUCAUUACCUGGUUUGGUUUUUGUUUGUUUUAGUCCCUUCUGGAAAUCAGAAACAGUAGCCUGCAACAAUUUAGAGAGUGAUUAUGCUGCCAAAGAUGUGUCCUGUUCGGGUUAGUUCAUAUUUCAGCCUAAUUACCCUGUGAUAACGGCAGACUUGUCCAGAGUUUUGGAGGAUAAUCGUGGGAGAUUAUUGUAAUUAACGUUCUCCUGACUGCAGCUGAGGGAUGUUUGCUAAAUAAGUGCGGCAGAGAGCAAACUGGAAACGUGAUACUCGCAUUUUAUGUAAGCUUGCAGGUGGCAAUGGCUUUGUAUGUAACAAACACCUCUGAAUGACCUUCUUUAGGUUUGGUGAGGAACCUAAUACUGAAAUAAAAUCUGUAAUAGAUUCUCUUACUCUUAUUAUUUCAGUCUCCCUACCUUCUGUCCUACCUUUGUCAGUCUUUUUUUUCUCUUGGAUAUUUUGCUUUUAUUGGAUAGGACAGCUGAGGUGAGAUGGUGAAUGCAGGAAGUAGAGAGAGGGGCGUGACAUGUAGCAAAGGGUCAUGGAGGGACCGUUGUAACAAAUGUGCCUGAGAUUUGCGCUUAAACUGCAACAAUAAGCUGGUGCGCUACCUUUACCUGCUAUUGUGGGGUUGAGGAGAGGAACAGUCCGUGGGGCAGGGAUGAUGCAGUUUCCUUUUUUUUUUUCCCCAACUCUGACAGCAAACCCCUCUGUGACAGGGGACGAUGCGACUCGGCGAAGCGAGGCUCGGCAAAGCACGGCUUGGUGGGGUGAAAAUAUACUGAUAUCAGCACAAGAAGGCAAUUAAACACAAAAGGCAAUUCAGGGAAAACUAUUUUGAAUUCUGCCACACUACCAAUGUCUUUGACAUGGAUGGUAGAGGAGGACUCACAUGAAAGAUGAAACGCUCAAAAUAAAAAUAAUAUUCAGCAAAACAACAGACGUUGAUUAAUGUGGACGCUUCUCAAUCUUCCUGUUUCCAGCCGCUCUCCAGUGGGUUGGGUGAAUCCAAAGUGGUGAAAACAAGGGGGGCGUUUUGAGACAGGCUGGUACCUGUGUAACGGGGGUGCUCCGAAAACACCCCCAUUAGCACUUGGUACGAUCCUUCUGGUAAAAUUAACCAUAGACUGUAAAUUGACACAGAUAAAAAUCAAAUCUAAAUACGAGAAUUUUGGUCGACUCAGCACAUAUUGACCAAUAAGUCGACUGGUCGACCAGGACUUUACAGCCCGAGUUUAUUCACAAUUCACGACUGCUGUGAUACGAAGACGUCAAGGUCACUUUUGCCGUAAUCGUUGCUCCUAUGUAUGAGUAAAACGUAAGAGGAAACGUCUGCACACAGAUUUUGAUAUUUCUGUUUGUCUUUUGCUUAUUGUACAACUCUUUAUAGCCCUAAUAAUUGAUUUCUUAAUUACUCAUAACAGCAAAUAAAACAAAUACUUUGUCUCUAAGAUGCAUUUGAGUGUUUAAUUGCCUUUUACUCGCUGUCACAAUCAUACAGUACCCUUUGAGGAGAGCAGUGAUUUUUAGGUUUAGUUUUUGGAGUUGCUUUUACUAAAUGUGGUAAUCCUGGGAGUUGAACUGUAUCAUGGGCUCAUAUACUGCGGUUGUCCUUGAAAGUGCAGCAAAUUUGAUGUAAUGAAAAGUUCAACAGUCUUUCAUGAUUCAUCUCUCUCUCUCUGCUCAGCUCCAUUCUCUUGAGAUGACAUAAUUAGAUCCAUUUAUCCAGUUGACAUAAUAUUGUCUUGAGUGGGGAGCAGUGCCACUGGAGUCAGUCGUGGCGAGUCUUGUCUUACUUUAUUUGUAAGCAGAGGUCUCUGAAUAAAGUGCCCACCAGACUUUUGAUCACUAUUUGAUCUCUGGAGUAAUUAUAGUUUGGUGAGUUGCGCCGUUGUUUUCUGAGGUUUUAACAGUGCACUCUCUCUUUUUUUUUUUUCACCAAGGUCCCAGCGGCAGACAGGAAUGCCCUGAACUCUUUGUGGGGCAAGCUGGCCUCUGAGAUCCUGAUGCAGAACUGGGAGGCAGCCAUGGAGGACCUCACCCGCCUGAGAGAGACUAUCGAUAACAACGUAAAUGCCCCACUUCUCAGAAUUUGAUCCGGCUUUUAGAUUCCCUUACAUAGACUCUCAUAUUGACAUUUCACUCUCAGUAGAGCUCUGCUGUGGCCUUUUUUCUUACCCACAAGUGCUCAUCUGACUACUUAAGAACGUGGAUUAGUGUAUGAAAUGGUUAUCUGGACUUGAUUGAUGGUCCCGUAAAGAAGGAGGGACAUUUUAAUUUUUCAUUUCAUGUGAUAAUAUGAAGAGAGAUAGAGACAGCUUGUAUGUGAUGUGUCAAAAUAUACUCGUAAUUUGAAAAAACUUAUGUUUAUAUUUCCUCUCUCUCUCCCUCAUGUCCAUGGUUCCUGUCUUUGUCCUGUCCAGUCAGUCACCUCUCCUCUCCAGUCCCUCCAGCAGAGGACGUGGCUCAUUCACUGGUCUCUCUUUGUCUUCUUCAACCACCCCAAGGGCAGAGACAACAUCAUUGAGCUCUUUUUGUAUCAGCCACAGUAAGUUUAUUUAAGUUCGUAACAUGCUAUUGUUUACAAGUUUCCUAUUAUAAUCCCUGCUUUUCCACUCAGAAAAUUCAAACUUUGCUGAAACUUUCAGUAUUUGUGGAGAGAGGAUCUAGUUUCUCAAAAUAUGAACAUAAUGUCUGUUUCUGUGAAAAUGUCGUGACAUUUCCUGUUUGUUAUCUUUUGGCUAAAUUUGUGUUUUGAAUGAGACAGGUUGACCUCAUGUUUAAAAAAAAAAAAACCUUGAAACUGAAAAACCAAACGUUGCCCAAAAUGAGUAUCAACUGCAGCUUUGUAAUGGACCACAGAGACUCUCCGUUUUGUCACGGUAAAAACGAGGCCAGGAGAUUUGGCUGAACCAAACUUUCAAAUCCGAGCAGACACAAACAAGUCAGCUCGAAGCAGACACACAAUCAAAAUGUUUGGCGAUGUUUGGUGAAAGAAAUAGCGUGGUGUUCUUCUUUGACUACUUUGUUGGCCAAGCAGAAGCAGUGAGCCACUUAAAUUGGAGCGUCUCUUAGCAAAGUUUGUCCUUUAUUUGUCCCAAAGUUUUCCCCUAACAUCAACUCUUCUAGCUCCUGAAAUUUGCUGACCUGAAAAUGCUGGAAAUGGAAAUGUUGUGGUUUUUAUCUUUAGUUGUAUUCAACCCGAGCUGCUAUGUUAAACUUUCAGUCUUUGAAGCAACUUAAGUUUUUUUUUUUUUUUUGUUCUUUUGAUAAUGUGUUUUCCCAGCGUACACUGUUCCAUGUUAACAAAUUGGGAUCACUCGGUGUUGAAAGUUGUAAUGUAUCUCUAAGGUAAAUAUUUGUGAAGAGAACGUGGUAAAAAGUCAGUCAUUGUCUAACACGAACUUGAUUUGGAGAAAAUCAUUUGCUGUAAUAACACGUUUUUGGGUGGUGGGCUUCUUGGUGAACUCUGCUGGUAUUUUUUAAAGUGGUUUCAGAAGUGUGUUUUUCGUGUGGUCUGUUUACUCUCCAAGCGAAGAGUGAGGCCAUGUGUAUCGCACAUCAGAAACUUUAUACUCUGCGUUAAAAUUUGCACAGCCCCUCCUCUGAUGCCCCCCCCUCCAUCCCUCUGCUGUGAUUGCAGGCUAUUAGACUCAUACAGAUGAUUGGGCUUCACUGACUGUAUGACAGGCGACCACAACACAGCACACUCAAAUGUCUGGCUCCCAGAAUUUUACUCAGUUUUUAAUUUUAUUGUGGAUGAUUAAGGAGGCCAGCCCAAUAAUUACUCAUGAAAAGCUCACCCAACCAUCUGUGUGGACAAACUUAGGUAGUUUUGUGUGCUUUGCAGUUUCACAGCCUCGAAACCUCAUGUUUUCCCCGCUGAGGCUUGGCUCCCCUUUCCCAUCUCUUGACCAGUACUUCCUUUGGCUGAAGUCAGUGACCAGUGGCUGGCCUUCAGCUCCACAUUUGACCUCCCUUACCUCUGCAGUCAGCAGAUGUUGAUCCAAAGACUUGUUUGUGUAUUAUUGACAGACUGCGCUGACUUGAGGGGAAACAUUGCUCUGUAAUGAAGUAAGAUACAGGUGCAAAGUGAGACAUAAAAACUGCUCGGGUACAGGAUUAAUCUUGGCAUCUGUUUUAGCUUUUAUUUUCAGAAAAUGUCUAUCAGAUGUAGUCACAUUUGAGUCUGUCUUGUUCUGUAGAGUUUUAGUCCAAGUUGACAGAAACUCAAAACCUUUUAGUCUGGUUUAAGCUAAUCAAAAGUCAUUAGAUUUGAGUCUAAACACCUCCUUUCCUUGGUAAAAUCCAAUAAGCCAAUCAAAAUUUGGAACCACGUUUAUACCAAGUCAGGGCUUGACACUAACUUUUUUCACAAGGAGCACAUGUGCUCCCAAGUUGAAAAAGGAAGGAGCACACACAGAACUUUAGGGGCACAAUGAAAAUGGAUAAAAUAAUGUGUGUCUUAUUGGUCGACAUCAGUACUAUUAUUUGAAAUCAGUUUUAGGUCUUUUGGCCACAUGACAUGGAAGGUAUUGAAGAAAAACAGCCUUUUUGAGAACAUCAACCGGUAAUUUAUUGAUGGUCCCUUAUUCAACACCCGACGUUGACAGCGAGGGUGCCGAAUAGAUUUUACCACAUACUGUUGCUAUUCCCAGUUAUAGAGUGAAAAGACAACAGUAGAUUCGCAGAGUUUGUCCGUUGGAUAUCCAAUCUAAAACUUACUUCAUCGCAGUAUUUACUAAAGUAUUUAAUAAAUGUUUGAACAACAAUAUCUUCAAAUAUUUGAUCCCACUCUAUUAACAAUUUCACUUGUUUAAUAUGCGGGCCCUUACCUUAGUUGCAUAAUUUAGCCUGCUAGACUCUCCCACAAUGCAAUGCCGCUGUGUUGUCCUCUGCAACACACACACACACACACACACACACACACACACACACACACACACACACACACACACACACAUAAAAUUAAUGAUAAAGAGGUAAGUAUUCCCUCCAAGUUUUUCCUAGCCCCCUGUGACUAUAUUUAUUUUACAAGACUACAAAUGAAAGUGCAAUAAACACACAUGUUCAUAACAUAAAGGCCGGAAUUGCCCUUAAAUAACAGUCUCUAAACAUGCCUGGACUUACAGACUCUACACAGACAUUCAACUCACUGUGCUCCUAACUGCAUCCUGAUGUUGAGUCAUACAUAGAGGCAUAAUGGUAAUUUAACAAUUGAUUCAUUUAACAAACAGGCGCCUCAGUAGUGUGUAGAAGUACCAUAUACAACCACAACAGCCUGGCAUCUCCUCCUCCUCACGCUGGUCACACACUGCUGUGGGACAGUAUCGCAUUCUUCACCCAGCAUCUGUCAAAAGUCCGCCAUUGUGGUUGCGUUGGUCACUCUGGUAGGAGCAGCACGCCCAAGCUGAUGCCACAAGUGUUCAGUGGGGUUCGGGACUGUUGGCAGGCCAUUCCAUCUUCUCCACUCCCAAAGUCUGGGGGUAGUCCCUGAUAGACCUCGCUUUGAGGCGGGCGCACAUUCUCCUCUUAGAGGACAGAGUUUGGUCCCAGACUGUGGAGAUAUGGGAUUGUCACUGUUGCCUCCAAUGAUGACAGGCCUUUUGUCAGAGAUGCCGCCCUAAACCAUCACUUCGAAGUGGAGCUGCAACUUGGUUUUGUGGAACUCCUGCUUGACCUGUCGUAGAUCAGUCAAAUACAAAUGUCCUUAUGAAUGCCGUUUUUUAUUUAAUAUAUGUCCCAAACUAGGAUCAAUUAGGGCUCUGACACAGCAGUAGCAGCAAGUCAACAGCAAAUGUCAUCAAAAAAAAAAAACAAUGAAAGUAAUUAGAUGGUAAAAUCAACACUGCUGAGGAAAUACUAUACCAAGUCAGUUGGAGGUCAGUAAUCUCUGUCAUAUUGCGUUUCUGCAACAUCGCUGAAAUGAAAUUCUGUGAUCACUCCACCUCUGAACUUCACUGCAUUCUGAAUCAUUGUAAUAUUGGUUUCCUUCCACAUUGAAUGAUGUUGUGUUGUUUCAGAAGCAUGCAAAGUACCGCUUGUAAACACACAGCUGGUGCUCCACAGACACAAUUACAUACACACAUUGCUGUUUCACACUUCUGGCUCCAGUGCUACACACUGUGCCCAUAGGGGGCGUAUAUAUUCUGCUGUAAAAUUGGAGCUCUUGGAAGCACUUAGAGUGACUCAUUUGAUUGUAAAGAAAAAUAUGUUUAUUUUUGUGAGCUGUGAGAUGAGACUAUGAUACCCUGUUCCUCCUAAUGUUCUCACACAGCCCUUUAUGGAGCAGGGAAACAUGAACUCAUACCUGAUAUCUUGGCUGCAUGCCUCAGUAGCAUCUUCAGCAAACCAGCGCAGUGAUGCUUUUUGUUUCAAAACUCAAAAAAAGAGCAAAAAAGAUAAAUUCCCCUAAGUGGGCCAGGGUGAAUGCAACCCCCCACCCCUCUUCCCAGAUAUGGUACAGUGACUCAUGCAAGAUUGCUUGCCAUUGGAGCCCCCCCUGGAGAGUGAGUAGGUGUAAGUUAAUCAGGAACACAGCACGGAGCGUUGUGGUCUUCCACGGGAGUUGAACAACUACAAAGAGAAGGAGGGAGAGAGCUCUCCUAAAACCAGGCUGACGAUGGCUUUGCCAAGCAGCCCACUGCUGUUUUUAGACUCAACAUCACUACUACCACAGGUCCCCUGUCCCUUUAAUUGUUUCAGCUAAUUAAACUCAAGUCUGCACUCUCUGAGCUCCAUAUGUUCCUCUUUUCUUAAGUACUAGAGACCUUUAGGGGCCCACUCAACUUCCUCUUUUCAGUUUUAAUUUGGUCAGCUCCGAGUUGAGCAGAGGGCAAAGUUCAAAGUGACUUGGAAACCAGUACAAAGUUUGGGUGACAGGUUAAUUGAUUACCAUCAUGAAAGGACAAGUUGUUGGUUGACUGUGCGCGCCCACUGUCUAUGUAUGUAUUUUUUAAUACAGAACACUGUCUCCAGAGUUGGUGUAGGAUUAGAUCAGCCUGUCUCUUGUGUUCAGACCUUAGCCAGUUGACCUGUAGUUGAAACAUCAGUCCCUGCUGGAUUAAGUUUCAGCUACUGGGCAGGUCCCUGCUCACUGAUCUAUAUCUUCUUGCCAGGGUUUCCUUUUCCUCCUCCCUCUCACAGGACACUAAUGAAAGAGUCGGCUUAAAACUGGGACCCAUGUCCAGGAGUGAGGGUCCUGUUAGGACAUUUAUCUGUUUUAGUUGCAAAGGCCCUUUCUCUGUCCUAAAUGUCAGCUGCCUAACGUGCCGCCAAAAUGUUACAUUACGUGUCCUUGUGAAGAUUGCCUGUGGUUUGAUCACCUUUAUCCUCCCUCAUUCCAGAUACCUCAAUGCUAUCCAGACUAUGUGCCCACACAUCUUGCGUUACCUCACCACCGCGGUCAUCACAAACAAGGAUGUUCGCAAGCGUCGGCAGGUGCUGAAGGAUUUGGUGAAGGUCAUACAGCAGGUACUAAGAUUUUGUUCUCCUAUGAGUUUAGAAAGUGUACAGAGUUAAAUAGAUAUUGCUCUGGUGUCAUAUUGUGUUUUAAACAACUAAAUGGACUAAGAACUUAAACAAAUACCAUCAGUAAGACUUUCUACAAAGUUUUAUUAUGGUGCACUUUUGUGACGUCUACUGUACUGCAGGGACAUUAUCUACUAAAUAUUGUCUUCAUUUCAGUUAAGGCUUUAGCACCUUUGAUAUGCAAACAGAAAGAUGUAUUUUUGCACGACAUUGAAUUUCAGUAUGUUGUUUUUCAGGAAUCUUACACCUACAAGGAUCCAAUCACCGAGUUUGUGGAGUGCCUGUACGUGAACUUCGACUUCGACAGUGCGCAAAAGAAGCUCAGGGAGUGUGAGUCGGUGAGUAGCCACUGUCCAGCUUCAACUGGUGUCCGCUUAUUUUUCAUCUCAUUGACAACACAAGUGUGUUCUUAAGAUUUUCAAGUCAGACUUGAGAACUUUCAUGUGUACAGGUGUAGGGGUGUCCCAAUAUGAUAUUGAUAUCGGAUAUAGGUCCGAUAUCAGCAAAAAAAUGAAUAUCAGAUAAUACUGGCCUGCAUCUAAAAUCUCCGAUAUCAGCACUCCGUUACAAGCAGUCCAUUCCAGACUCUACUCCGGCACCUCUAUCUAGCCAGAUCCAGCAUGCAGAGCCCACAUAAUCACAACAACAGUGUGUACUAAGGUAUGAACAAAGUAGCAAGGAGUAGGAAUGAUGUCCGCCUUUUUGUCUGGUGGCACUGAAAUCAGCCUUAGCCCACUGAGUGGAGGAAGAAAAGCGUUCUUUUCUUCCUCCACUCCCCCAUCCUUGUCACCUGUCCAGCUAUAUGCUGUGAUAUAGCCCUCUCCGAAAAGCCAGCCUUUUUAGUUGUGACCGUGAGGUUUGCUCUCCUUAUGAGUGAUGUUGAUAAUUGUCGUCUUGAUGACUGUCAAGUCAAAGGUCUCUUAUUGUAGCUGCUUACACUGAUCUCGACCAAAAGACUUUCUUUUUUUUUUUUUUUUAUACUGUUUUAUACUGAAUAGUCAUUCAUUCAAACUUUAUAUGUAUAUCUGCUGGCCAUAAUAAUGUAACUGAGUCUAGAACUUAUUAAGUUAACACCUUCUUGAAUACCUGAUUGAAAAUAUUGAACAUUUUCACAGUAUUAUGGUUUGUAGAGCUACACCUGUAUAAUUGAUAAAGACAGUUGGUAAUUGUGUGGUCCUCAGCCAAGCCACUUGUCAACACAUGCAGUCCACUAGACACAAACACAGUGUGAACUCUAGACAGAACAUUGAUAGUCUGUUCCCAGUAUCAUGCAGUAAAAUACACAGAUCAUCUUGGACAAUGUUAGAUUGCCCUGACAGAUUUAACUGUAGCCUGUAAUUGACUCAUCAGAAGAGCGAAAAGCUUCAUAAGCCAAAGUCUCCACAGAGGCGUGCAGACAUUCAUUUUAAGAGGAAAGAUUUGUCAUUAGAGCAUUUCUUUCAAUUUUGGUUUGUAACGGCUAAAUGUAACUGUUGUUGCUGCUGUGAGAGUGGAUAGGGAGCGGUAAACACUGUUUACGGAACAGUAAAUGGCAAAGGUCUAUGUGAAAAGAGGACCUUUGCCAUGAUACAGCAUCAGCAGGCUUCUGUAGCAGCUGAAUAAAAAACACGAAGAAAGCAAGAAGAAGUUUGGUGUGGGACCAUUUCGAGUGGAAAAAUGAUGAGGUUUGCUGCAAACACUGCGAUGCCAUGUACAGGUACAACACAAUAACGACAAAAACGACGCAUUUAUGCCAUUCGCACAAAAAAACUAUCAUUUUGAUGAUUGAUCCUAAUUUAUAUCAUGAAUUGGUCGUAGGAUUGUCUUAAAUCCCGAAAAUUCUUUACACAAACAUCUCUUUAUGAAACUCAAGUCAGUCAUCUUCAACUGUUAGCAGCAAUGCUUAGUAUUAUAUAGUAGUAAUACAAAGCAGCAAGAUCUAGUCUGUAUGUAUUUCUCUGAUCCAGACUGUAAACAUGUUUAUUUUUGUAAUAAGUUUUGUAUGUUUUUUUUUUUUUCUUAAUGGGCGUGUAUGUGACUUCCAAUGCUUUUGCUGCCAGCCUCAAGUGGACACGCGAGGAACUGCAUUUUUUUUAGCACGUUUAUGUCGGCUUCAUAACAUUGCUCUUUGAUUUUGAACCUGAAGAGGAAUCAAAGGAGAAUUUCAGGUCAUUCAGCUGCUUUUUCAACUUUUGCCUCUCAACAAUAAACCUUUCAAAUAAGAAACAUCUGGUCCGAUCAAAUGGCUCCCUCCCAGGAGAAAACGGUUAUAAAUCAUGUCGGCAGCUUUCUGACGGGUAUGUUUUGUUUCAAUCUAUUGUCGAGCUCAUAAAAAGUCGUGUACAGCUACUUAAACCAAACUGACUUGGGCAAGUUUGUUUUCACUUAGUUUUAACCUUCAAGAACCUGUGCAUGGUAGAAAAAAAAAACCCAAAGCACGUUCCAAGAGAAAAUGAGAUUUUUCCUGUGCGAAGGCCUCCAGGGACUGUCUACAAAUGAUGACAUAUACUAUCAACAAUAUUAUAGCUGUAUCCUAUUACAGCUAAGACGUGACACACGCCCUCAAUCACUGACCUUGUUAAACACUUGCCAGCACUUCUUUAGGAGCUCUCUGGGUUGGUCUUGACCUUGCCUCAUGGGGUUUUGUUUACAGAGGCUCUACUGUGGUUGAAACAGAUGCUCAAUCCCACCUACCUCUCAGGUCAGAGCCCAAGCUAUUCCAGGUGCUUUUAGCACUGGACUACCUGUCAGUCUUAUCAGAGCAUGUCCAGUCGGCACAAAAGCCCUCUAUUGACCUGCUGCAGUUCACAAGCUGUUCCAUCGAGGUGGGUGGUUCCACAAAUGUCUAACUGCACCUUUAAUGCAUUACCUGUGAUGGUCUGCAAACAUUUUUACAAAGUGCUCUUGUUUGAAGUAUUUCUUUUGCACAAAUUCACACGCAAACCUUAUUUCUGAGGAAAGGGGAUGAUUCACAGACUGUGGCGAGAUUGAGGUAAAUGGAUACCCCACUGGGAUGGGCUCUCGUCCUGAUGAGCAUUUGCAUCGCAUCAGUUCUGAGCCACUGAGACAAGUGGCACCCAUCUAUCUACUGAUUGCUGUAAUAGCGAGAUAUGGGUAUUGUUUUCGGCUCUUCUGUCUUCAGAUCACGAUACCCUGAGCAAUAGUUGGAGCCAAGUGCUUUUAAACGGGGGGUUUAGCUUGGCUCAAAUUGUCAUGUUGAAGUUUUUUUUUGUAUCUUUCCCACUCCAACCAAAUCUGGAAUCACUGUCAGAUGUUAGAUGUCUCCAUGUCAAAGAAUGAAAAGUAUAGGCCCUACCUAUAGUGAGGCCUGAAGAUUGUGCAUAAAAGGGCUCUUCAAGCCCCUUUCCGAGUUUGUUUGAGCUUUGUGGUCUGAAUCCCAGAUGACCGUAAUUAGAGCACUUAACUGUUCAAAGUUUAUCAGCCUUAGAUAAGCGUUUGUCGUACUAGAAAUGUGCGUUGCCUGAUAGUGCCAUGCAGUUGGGACUUACUGGAGCAGAACUCUGGGCAGAAAGCGGCUUUAGAGCGAGUCAUUUGAAGAAAACUUUUGAAGAUGGAGGCCUAUGAUGUGAAAUAGCACUCAAUAGAGAGUUGGAAUGCAGCUAGCACUGAGAAAUGGGAGCAUUUCACACAGUGGUACCUCUGGGGCCAUAGCUGGGUCAUGAACAUAUACAGUAGAUGAAUUGGCCAUAUGCGGUUGCGUCAAAGAGUCCAAGCACGCCUGUAUUUCUAACGGUAACAAGUUACAGGUGAUACUGUGCAUGGACGGUUGGAAAGACUUUCUGUCAUCUGUGAGUUUAUUUGGACUGGCGAUGCUACAAAUGUUGGAUGACUGUAGCUGUGAAAUUUGGCGACCCUGCACAGCGGGGCUUGCAUUGAACCACCAGAGCAGAUGACUGGUGAUAAGUCACAGACACUGUGGUCAUCCCUGCGGCUAGAUCUGUUCUUGCUGCACUGUCUCAUGUGGUGUUUACAGGAUUCUUGGAUUUCAGGUUGAUUUGAAGCACCUUGCAGAGGCUUGAAUUACUUGAGCCUCGUGGAGCAAACGCUCAUCUUUAAACUUUUGCCAAAGUAAAUCUUUGUUAACAGAAAAGUAACCAGUAUGAUCUCUCAUACUCCAUCGUUAUCAUCGAAAACAGGAAUGUGACUUCAUUCAGUCCAUUAUUUAUAGACAGUUUGAAAACUCGUUAUACUUCUCUCGUCAAUCUUCACUGAACACUAUUGCUUUGUCAUCCUAAAGUCUAAUCCAGUUUUUCUCUUAAUUCUGUGCAGAUUGACUUUUCUUCCUAUGUUAACUCUGAGCUAUAGUGCUCAACUGUCUGUGUAAAAUGUUAAUAAAACAGAUUCUGAUGGUUUUCUUUUUCUCUUUUAUCUCUUUUGUUUCGGCUUUACUGUCUAUUUAGCUUUGUUACUUUGUUUGAUCUUUUAUUUAAUAACCUUUCCGGGCUUUAUUGUUUCUUCUCUUGCUCCUUUGUGAUAUUCUAUCUUCUCAUUACUGUUUUAUUUUCAUGUUAUUAUCAUUAUAAAUAUUCUUUUUAUAUUUGCUACCCUAUUUUCUGCUUUCAACCCCCUUUUUUAAUCCCAUUUUCUUUUUCUACUGAUUCUUUGUCUCUAGCUUUUAUUUUGGUCCUCAUGGUCUCAGCUUAUGUUUCGUGGUUCUUAUAUUGUCUGGGUUUCUUAUGAGAUAUAAAAAUGGUCUUAAAUUUCUGAGGCCUUGAUUUGUGCGUCUUUUUUUUAUUUUUGUGCUGAAGCUCUUGUGUUUCUUUUUUCUUUCUGUCAAAGACCUUUGUAAACGACUGUUUUUAAAAGUGCUUUACAAACUCAGUUAUCAUGAUUUUAUUACCACUACACAGUUUAUUUAGCUUGUGGGGCAGUAUAGGCUGCCAUGCAGAGAACGCCCAUUUGCAUGUUGCAUACACAUAUUGUAUAUAAGCAGGAUAAUGCUAAAAACACAGUCUGCAUGCAUUACAACCCCUGUAGUAGAAUAGUUAGCAUGCUAAAAAAAACUUGAUGCAAACAUUUAGUGCAUCAUAAAAUCUAAAAUUUGACUGAGGAGACCCCCGACUGCUGAGCAGGUGAAAACCACAAUUGUGCAAGACUGGGACAGCAGUUUGCUUUCACAACUCCAGAAACUGAUCUCCUGGGUUUCAAGAUUACAGUACUGGUAAAAGAAGUGCUGACUCAACACAAUGACAAGCAGCUCCUAUCCUAUAUAACUUUUUUUAAACUUGCUGCUAGAAUCAAAUUCAAAAUUAGCAUUAUUUGUUUUUUCUAAAAUAACCAAAAAAGUCCAGUUUCAACAUUUCCUUUGUUGUAUUUGCACCAUUUCCCAUUAAAUACAGUGUUAAAUUCUUUAGUUUAAUAACACUGCAUAGUCUAAGUCUCUCAUGGUAUUAGGAUAUUAGGUUUGUAACGUGGCUCUGUUCUUACUAAACAUGCUUAUUUUAUCUCUUAGGUUCUUGUGAAUGACUUCUUCCUGGUGGCUUGCCUCGAGGACUUCAUUGAGAAUGCACGUCUCUUUAUCUUUGAGACCUUCUGCAGGAUCCACCAAUGCAUCAGCAUCAAGUAAGUCAUUAAUACAAACAGACAUGGUACUACAUGUGCAUGAUGGUGACUGGGUUAGUUUUAAAUCCUGGCAGAGUUGCAAACAGACUCGAAGACAGACAUCCCUCAGAACCACAGGAAGUCAGUUUCACUGUCAGAAGGCUUUGUAAGCAGUCUGUCAACAGGAAGUAAGACCAUGGGCUUCAUGAUAAGUGGAAUUUUCCUCACAGAUAAGUGUUUAUUGCCCCCUCCACACACAGCCAUGCUGACCCCACACAGCUCCAGGAUUAGGUAUUGGGAGGUUUAACUGCUUCCAGGUCUCCACAGGUUACUCUACCCACUCAACUUUUAAGACCACCUGUCCAAGGCCAAUUCGUUGACUCUUUUCUCCAAGGGAGAGGUCAGGGUUUAGACAAGCUGUGACGCUCCCAGCCUGCUGUACCACGAAACCUCUGAGGUCUCUGACUGAGGGUGAAAGGAGGUCGAGGGUUGUUUUUUAAGUCGUCACUGAGUCCUGAUCAAACUCCAGUUGAGUUAUAUUAAAAUAAAAUGGACUUUGGCUGCUUUUGUCAAACCAAGAAGUUUAGUCAAAGCUAAUUAUAGUAGAGAGAAGAAAAAGAUUAUAGUAAUCAUCUGCAAUUAAAAGGGAUUAUAGGAUUUGGCUGCCUGUUUGCAUCAGUUUUAGAGAGUGACAAAGAUAAAGACAGCCUUCCUCACUAUUAGCCAUUAAUCCUCAUUUUGGUAGCGGUGGAUUUGUGCUUGUUGCUGUAUCUUAUCACUGAAGUGAGGAAAAGCAUUCAUUUCUAAUCUACAACACAAAUGUCCUUCUGCUUUUGUAAAACCAUAACCAAGGUACCAUUUGGCCAUUUGGAUCCUGAACAUUCAAAGGAAGGUCUGCAUUUCAGAUACGGUCCACAAACACACGACACUCUCUGGAAAGAGGGAAUGAAUUACUUUUGUUGACACGAAAAUGAUUGCAUUGACGGUUAUAUAGAGCCAUGGAGGUCUGUAGUCAAGGUUGAACCGGGGAACAUGAUCAGGCCCUGUCGAAAUCUCCAGUUGCAGAUUGUCUGGAAUUGAUUAGGAGUCCUGGUUCUUUUUGGCAGACUGACUGCAAUUGGAUCCAUUUAGUUGUUAAAGACCACAAAGGUUAGUGGUCACACUGAAAGAGGAAGUCAAAUGGUGAUUUUUCUACUUUUCACCUUUUUCUCUGCGUCCCGGGCUCUCGGUUUGUUGAGGUUUCUGAAGCAGAAACAGCACAUGAGGGGCAGUUUGAGGGAUUUCCGUGUUUAUUUUCGUCGGCGUUGUGACGAUGGACAUAACAUGUCUAUUUCUGAGAGACACCCAAAUUCCAAGUCAUUAGUCCUCCACCCAGGAGCUCUACGCACCCAAGCGUGGACCCAAAUGAAUUUGAUGGCUGUUUUAAUGAGGACAUUUUUACAGCUGUUGGCCACGAUGGUUUCACAGAUUUUUGCUCGCCGCUUGCCCACAGCUCAGGACACAAAAGUAGACCAGAAGUUGGCGUAAUUGAGUUAUUUUAUGCAAUAAAGUCUUAUGUAAAACCUACUGUAGGCAGUGAAAAUAGGAUUCAGCCUGCGCUUGUAAUUGCAUACACACACGUCUUUUUGUCUAGACUUUUCAGUGUCCCGAGUGUGUGUUUCCAAUUUAGCUUUGUUUUCCCUGUUUCAUUUAAAGGCUUUCUUUCCUUCGGCCUUCCAUGAACAUCUCAGCAGCGGGACCCUGCUCCGACCUCAAACGCACACUUGUCCUGUGACAUUUGGAGUAAACGCUCCAGACAGAUGAUCAUUUGGACAGUUAGUCUUUUUUCCCCUCAUCAUGAGAUAGUAUUUGUACACAACAGCUCCCCGGUCGUUGGAAAGAGUGUCUUGUGUAUUUGGAUGUAACACUGUGAAGAUCUUUCCACCUCACAAUUGAGUCAUUAAAAAUACCACACGAUCAUUUCGGUUUCCCCGAAAAUCAAUUUUACCCAAAGCCGAAAGCAAGGUUUCUCCAAAUGGCUCGGAGUCCCAAACACUAUCAUAUGUUAGUGUUUAACAAUGCGUUCAUUUCAGGCCAGUCAAGUUAAGAAGGGGGUCUACUCUAGAGAAGGAAGUCCCCGAGUCCUGCUUUAACUGACUGAGACCCCAAAGCGUGACCCUUCUCUUCAUGUGUGAGGCUGGCAGUGUGACCCAAAGGAAUCCCUUAGCCCGGAGUCGAAAGCUCAGGAGCCAGAGUGAAGAAGGGGUCGAAAUGAAAGUGAUCCCCUUUCCCCAAAGGAACAGGAUCAUGGUUGUGUAAAAUAAAACCAGGCACGGAGGCUGUCGACUUGGCUGUAGGGCCAAAGGAUGUCAAUAGUAUAGGUUGUUCAAGUCAAACCCAUUCCCCACCCCCCUCUCCCUCCCCACAACCUCCUCCCUGGCUUUCUUUUUCCUCCCCUUCUAUUUCCUUUUUUCCAAUCAGAGGUUUGUGUUGGGUUAGCUGCUGUGCACUUCUCAGAGACAAUGAGAUAAAGGAAAGUAAACCCUCCUCUGUUGUACAGAUGUCCGUCUUGGAAGAAAGCACUGCCAGGUUUUCCUCUAUAAAUUAGAUUAGAGGACUUUGGUUUGUGCAGGCCAAGGCCCUGGGCCUUUUGGGGCACGGGUUGUUCCUGUGUUUUCCUUCACAGAUCACGUAUAGAGAGGUUAGGGGUUAGCGUAACUCCCCAGCGAGGAAACCAGAUCAUGUUUGUUUUGAUCAUCAUCUCUGACCUGGACUUGACUGACAUGUGCCCCCACUUUACUGAAUUGCCAAACAAAACACUCAGUGAGCUUGUGCAGCAAUCACUUAAUCGCACGGCUAAAAUGGAAACCGACAACAAAUUUGAUCUGAAUUUGCACAUGAUGACUUGAUUCUUAAGUAAAUAUGAACGAGCGAUUUAAAUAUCAGUUAGUGUAAUCAAGGAGUGCUCUCAGCAGAUGUUGAUGGUUGUUUUCAUAGCUCUCUGUUGACCAGCAAGAUAUGAAGGUGGACAUAACUUCCCAUGUAUCGUUAAUGUGCUUUGCAUUAGCAAGAUUCGAUCUGAAAACCAGAAAUUCUUGAUGUUAAUAGCGUCAAUGUGCGAUCGCCGACAUGUGUUCUCCAUCACAGCUUCAACUUGCGUCAUUACACAGCUGACACUCCCCAAACUUGUUAGGUCUCCCGGUAAUGAUCGUCGACGGAGCAGCUCCGUUGUCAGGCAUCGUUUGGUGACCUCAAAUGUAAUCUGCUGCCCAGUCAGUCUGUGUGAGUGACAGGUUGAUCCGACUCUUUCUCCCCUUCCUCCGGGCUGCGGAGAUACACAUGAAUCAACUCCCAAUUUGUGCUUUUCGCUCCGAUUAUUCACCUCCUCAAUCACUGCUGUGCGGUGAAAGUGUUGAGAGAUAUGCACUGUCACUUGGAGACCAGACACUAUUUUGCUGGUUAUGCUGAAGUAAUGUUGUGUUUGUUGUUUAUGCUUUUAAUGCCCAAUCCAGACACUGACAUCAUCAUUCCACUUCCCCUUCUUUAUGUGGUUUUGCCACCAUUUGACCGGCAUUCAUGGGUUAGAAAGUGGGAGUCUAUUUUUUUUCUCUCCAGACAUUAUCACUAAUCCAAAAUAAGAUUACUUCCCACCAAAAGAAUUUCUCGAGAAAGUCUGUAACUGUAAGGGCUGACGGUUUCAGAAGUACGGCGGUGGGGAUGUGCGUCUGUGGGGCUGUGGCGUGAGAAGUGGUGUGGUCUCGGCAAAUUCGAGCUUACUCACUGAGGUAGUCUCGCAAAAUGUGAUUAAUGGAGCAGGAAGUAAUAAUUAGUCGAGUAAAUUGUUUUUAUAUAGGCCCUAUAACCCCUGUUAUUUCCUUUAAACAUACACACAGUAUACAGUGACUAAUGUGCACGUUCAGUAUUUCAUAUGUGUGUGUUAGUAAGGGCUUCAGGUGGUGGCGGUCGAAGGAGAGGGGGGUGUCUUGCUUUUGAGAUGAGAGGGGGGAUUGCUGCAGUAAUUGUGGGCAGUCCACAGAGGGGUUGAGGAUAUUUAUUGGGGCCCUUAUAUGAAAUGUGGUAGGCGGAGAGGGAGGUGGUGGUGGUGGUGGGGGGGUCAGGCAGAAGGAAGGGGGCAGGAAAUGUAGGGGGAAGGGGGUCUAGAUGGGGAUAUCUAGCAGGGUCUAGUUAUUUAGAAAGCCACAAGGGAAGCCAGCUGCACUGAGGAAAGCUCCGGAUCAAAGAGCACCAGCCACCCUUGUAUGUCCCCUCCCUCCACUGUGACACAUCCACGUCUCGCUGCAUCAAAGAGCAACCUGGCUUUCAUUUGAAGGGACAGUCACUGUUUGGGCCACUUCAUCACGAAGAGCUUUAGCAGCCAGGUGGGGAGAGAGUAAGAACUUUAACAGAGAUACCCCCCAAAAAAUGAAGUAGCAGUAAACAUGGGGCAGGAGGUCACAGCAUGGGGUUGCCCCCCCAACACUUCUAAUUGACUUAUUUAUACAAGUCUGUAAAUCAAGCGCUUAUCAGUGGAGGACAACUUAAAGCGUACAUGAGGUGUUAUUUUUGUUUUUCACCUCCUAACAAAAACAAUAUGUCAGCUGUUAAAUAACACUGUCAAAUGUAAGGCUGUAAUCAACCAAAGAAAUUCUUGUGCGACUAAAACUAUGAAAUUUUCGACCAAAAAUCAACUAUUUGGGGGGGAUUUUUCUGCGGCAGGGGACGACUUGGAGGAGUGCGGCUCAGCGAGAUGAAAUUAUACUGAUAUCAGCACAAAAAGGCAAUUAAACACAAAAGGCAAGUUGAAACGCGCAAAAUAAAAAUAAACAUUCAGCAAACCAUCGUUGACGUUGAUUAACGUGGAUUUCUUCAAUCUUGGGUUGGGCGAAUCCAAAGUGGUGAAAACAAGGGAGUGUACUGAGACAGGCUGGUACCUGUGAAAUGGGGGUGCUCUGAAAACACCCCCAUUAGUACUUGGUACAUUCCUUCUCAUGAAAUUAACUAUAGACUGUAAAUUGACGCAGAUAAAAAAAAACUACCAAUGAGAAUUGUGGUUGACUCGGCACGUAUCGGCCAGUAAGCCGACCAGUUGACUAGGACUUUACAGCCCUAGUCAAAUGCAAAAAUUGACUUGCAACAUCCAUCACAGUGUAUCGUAGCGCGGUGUUCGGUGCAAGUCCAGUUGAAUAGAAGUCUUCCUUUUUGUAAAGAGCUUCUGUUGCUUUGAACAAAGAGACUACAGAGAUUGUUAAGACUGGGUUACUUCCUUAAAGCUCACACUGAAUCAACUCUUUCAGGUUUAGUUUGUUUUAGUUUAAUUUGGCAGUUUUAUCAACACAGUAUUUGUGAUCUGUCAGGACUUGACUCAUCGCUGCAUUAGACUGAAUCAGGCACUACAGUGUCAAAGCUAAUCCCAGCUUGUUCAGCGUAUUUGGUUUCGUGUUAAACCAUCGAAGUUUGCUGUACUAGCAUUAUAACGUUGCCCCCGACAACAAGUCUGUUGGGCCCUUGUAUAUUGUCAUUAGGGAUGCGCAAUAUGGAUUUUCUACCGAUAACCGAUGAAAACAUGAUCCUGAUGAAGCAUCCAGCCAUCGGGUCAUCUAGCUAACGUCGUCACUAGGUUGAUCUCAGAAGUCCAUUUAGCUGAGGUAAAACUUCACUAUCACUGAUGUUGUUAGUCAGGCUGUGAUUGUGUGUAGAGGUCACAUCAUACAGGGCAGGUCCGGACAUGUCUGUGAAGUGCAAGCAACUAGGGAUGCUGCUCCAAAUCAAUCAUUGGCAGGUCUUCUUCUGCUACAGAAACGAUGAGUCAUUGAGUGAUGUACAUGUCUGUGGUUAUCUUCAAGUGUCCUUCUGCACUCACUGUUUUAUUGGUGCUAAUGCUAGUUGCUGAGAUUAUAGUUUUGCAUUUCUCUACCGCAUCUUUGCUGGGAAUAGGUCUCGUCAGGUGACUUUAAGAUUUGUUGCAAUGGUGUUAUCUCCCUGUGAAGCAGUGACGCCAUCUUUACUCGUCAUGGCUACUUAACUGUAAGGGCUUCCCUCAUAACAAAGAAGUUUUAAUGACACUCUGCCCAGCGCUGAGACUGACCCUCCUACUCUGUCUGAGGCUUUACAUUUUUAGUUAGAACUCUUGUUUCUCUGUUUCCUUGACAGCAUGCUGGCGGACAAACUGAACAUGUCCCCUGAGGAGGCCGAGAGAUGGAUUGUCAACCUAAUCCGCAAUGCCAGGCUGGAUGCAAAGAUCGACUCAAAACUGGUAAGAUCUUUCGAGUUUUUUCUCCGGUCUACCAGGUCAUUGCUCUGCUAAUUAACCAUAACUGCGGUAACAGUCAUGUAGCUCUUUUCGAUGCUCCUCCCGUGUCUUCAGAAGGAUAAAAAGCCAUUAUUUAUGUUCGUAUUUUGUAAUUGAAGAGCACACUGAAAGGAUAUGCCACCAUUAUAUUUCACCCUUGGUAGGACCCCUUCCUGAGGCUCCAUGUUGAACCUGCAUUUUUGGCCUUCACAUCACAACACUUCUCUGUAAUCAGCAAAUCACAGCCCAGUCCUCCAGAAUGACAUAGAAUUAUCUAGAUAUCCCUACAGUAGAUCUGAACAGGACCCACGCAGCCGCUGAUUGGUGCUUCUAGGUUGGAGUCUCUACAGGAUGGCGUGUCUGUGAGACCGAAUUUGAUUGGCUUAUUUGUUGUUAUUGAGAAUAUGCUGUCCAUUCUGUCCAUUUUUCAAGGGCCAUGUGGUGAUGGGGAACAACGCCGUAUCACCUUACCAGCAGGUGAUUGAGAAAACCAAGAGCCUCUCAUUCCGCAGCCAAAUGUUGGCCAUGAACAUUGAGAAAAAGCAGGCCCACAGCAACAAGAACGAGGUGAGAAUCACACAUACUGUACUGUACAUGAGGAAGAACGCAGUCACAGCGCUCAUGCGAGGAAAUCUCCCCCCCUUCUCCCAAUUGGAUUGCUUGAAGGUCAACAUGAACACAGGGCAGUUCAAAGCUUCUCAAAUGAUCAGCUCAGAGCAACAAGGCGAAAGAAUGUUGAUGAACAACCAUCAACAAAAGCUCUCUUUACACGGAAUAAGCCAGUAAGAGCAAGUUUAACAGAGCUAACGCUUUCAUCCCUCCAUUGCUCUUCAAAGGCCUAAUGACAAGGUAGAAUCCAAACAACCAUAAAACGAUGCCGGAGCUCUGUGACUCAGCUCAGCAACGUAAAUAAGGUGGACCCUCACUCUGACUUUGGGUGAACAUUACUCAAAGCCUGGAGUUCCCUGCACUUAGGACCUGCUGCAGAUGUCUGGCUGAGGGUCCAGUCAUCCUAUUUAAGUGUGUUUUUGAUGUUGACCUUGUGCAUUUUAGUGGUAUGCAGACCCUCCGAGCACCGCAGCUCCACAGAAUGUCAUAAUCACGCACAUCCUCUGAACCGCUGGCCGCCGCUUCAAACACUCCUUGAAGACACGCACGUGUGUCAGAGCAGAUUGAUGGGUCGGUUCCUUCAUCAGACACCUGACAGCUCCCAAGGCCACAGAGCUCCAGCAGACACGUUAAAUGUUCACUGUUUAACCGAGCUGCUCUUGAGUGGCCGUCUUUUGAUGUGCUCAAUUAGCCUCCUCCCUAUUGUUUGAAUAUCUGCAGCAGGAGCGCAGCCAUAACCCAUAACCCUGUCCUGUAAAAAAAGCAAAACUCCCCUCAUUAAGGAGUUUUGGUAAUUAGACAAAAAGAGGCCGCAAACAGCUCACAGAGCACCAUUACGGCCCGCUGUCCUCAAGGCUACAAAUCACUUACAUUUAGAGAACAUUUACUGCCCACCAUCUGGGCGGACUGCUUAGGGUCCCUGUCAACUCUCACAGCCACCCAGAGCUCACCAACAGAACACACACGUUUACGCACACCGCUACAAGGAAAACUGCAGCUCUUAACUGCUUGCACAUGUACACAGCUUUUUCGACAUUUCCCACAAUCAGCAACAAAAUUCUGUUCUGAUCAGUCUCAGCAAUCUUACAAAUGGUCUCAAUCUUAUUUUUCUUUCACGCUUUUUCUUCCAGACACCAAACUGGGCCGGUCAGGACGCCGGAUUUUAACAACACAACGAAGAUGGAUCCGUCUUACUCACUGUAUGACAUCUUUUUCUCCCACACUUGUCUUGUAAGGGGCACGGUGCUGCUUUGCACUUGGUUCAAGUCAUCACCAAUUCAAUAAAAGUGACCAACAAAACCAUUUUCA